ACCUUCAAUACCGCUGAUUACGCGCGCUCUAGCGUUCCUAUCAAAGUCCACAGAGUUGCAUGCCUAUGUGCAUGCCAAUAUAUUGACAUCAAUCAAAGGUCCCAAAGCGAGAAUAUAUCCACAAGGCUUGUUUCAUUUUUACGAGCUCAGACUGAUGCUGUGGAGGUGCUCUCAACAAGAUGGCUGAUAUAAUAAUAUUAAGUGAUGAUGACUUUACUCCUCCUGCUGCUCAGCAACACAGAAAAGGCACAUCAGACAGCAAGAAAGAUAAGACUGCAAAACAGUGGAAUGACAUAUUUUCAUACAAAUCACGUCGAGACAAGGGACACCAUGGUUCUCAGUCACACUAUUCCUCUCAUCGUUCAUCGGAGCGUUCCUCCCAUCGUUCGUCGGAGCAUUCUUCCAGGGCUUCAUCUGAUAGGUCGUCUCGGCACUCGAGCCACCGCUCGUCGGAUCGGCGGGCGAGCCACCAGUCUCCCUCCCAUCGGGACAAAGGUCGGCGCGAAAAGGAGCGGACGUCCUCGGGAAAGAGCAUCAUCACGCUCUAUCUCUCAGACGACGAUCAGUCGCCUGCCCGGACUUCUAACAACGCCUCUUCUAAAAAGUCAUCUAGCAGGGAUCCAAAAGAGAGCACGAGUUCCAAACAUUCACAGAAAAGCUCGCAUCAUUCUGACAAAAGUUCAAAUCACCAUCGCUCGGAGAGGAGUUCCGAGGAUCGUCACUCGAAAUCAGCGAGCCAUCAUUCUAGCGCAAGUUCUCACAGUAGCCCAUCCAAACAUCCCUCCGUAAAGGUGACGCUCACUAAGCUCUCUUCUGAUAAGGCCCCUGCGAAGGUCUCUUCCUCUGGGGCGAAACCCGCACAUGGUGGCACGCCCAGUGGUUCAGAAACGGUCAACGGCCGUCACUCGGGCAGUCGCCGUUCGUUGGCUGCCGAGCUCGGUGUGACCAAAGCUGACUGCAGGCGGGACGAUGACGCAGAACCGCUCAAACCCCGUGAUCGUCACCUGCCGAACGGCGAGUGCUCCAAGUCUGUCGCGGAUGACCGCACCGCUCGCUCCAAACGACCGGCUGGUGAUGCUGGCGGCGAGAAGGCCAUCCCGGAGCCCAAGCGUGCACGCCUGUGUCGCGUUGACCAGAAGACUGAGGAGACGUUGAAGCCGAAGCCGGAACCGGAACAGAAACCAGAGCCGGACCCCUGUCAGGAGGGCCUGGAGGAGGUGUGCACGCUGCUGAAGCCGCUGCUGUCCGGGCCCGAGCUGAAGAUAGAGGCGAAGGUGCGGCGCCGCCACGCUGCCGUGCUGGCGCUGACCAGCGGGCGUCCCGGGCGUGUCCAGCACCUGAUCGGUGUGACGCGCCAGUGUGUCGAGCGGCUACGUGCAGAACCGGACCGCUGCUUCACCGUGGUGCGCGGCUUCCUAGAGCAGCUCGACCAGUUCAAGAUCGUGGCUUCGUCGGCACAGAGCCGCACCGCGCCGGGAGCAGCGGUGAAACCAAACGCCGGCGCGGUCAAGACUGAUACAGCAACGACGAAUAAUAUCGCCAAAGUCGCAGACAAAGUUGACAAAUCGAAGAAAGCUAAUGCAGGCGACGCACCGAAGACAUCGACCUCACCCUCUGCGACAGUGAACGGCUCUGCAACGCUUUCUGAGGAGGACGAAAAGGAGAAACGUAGACAUCGACGUCACGUGGCCAAGUUAGAGAAGACGCUGCGCCGGCUGGAGCGCGAGAUCGUGCGUCAGGAGGAGCAGGAGGUGGACUGGGAUGACGCCGCCGGCUCGUCCUACAUCGUGGGCGCGCGCCUGAAGCGGCGCUACGUGCAGGUGUACCGCUACUACUGCCGUCUGGUGGGCGCCGCCGAGGAGGCUGAGAAGCUCGACUCGCGUCGCAUCCGCUUCGACGGCACCCGCUACCCGGAGAUCAACCGGCGCAUCGAGAAGUUCGUCAACCGCACUCGCGAGUUCCCCGACUUCAAGGACGUGCUGAGUCUGAUCGAGCAGGCCAACCAGCGUUGUCGGCUGCAGCUCGGCCCGACAGCGCUGCACGACCAGGCCAAGGAGGCGUUCCAGCAGCUCGGGGCACUGCUGCAGAAGCGGCGCCGCGCCGCGCUCGCAGAGUCCAUGGAUGCGCUGACCGGCGCCGAGGAGUGGCGCGGCCGCGACCCGUCCGCCGCAGAUCCGACUCUGGGCGAGAAGCUAGCUCAGAGCGCCGCUGAGGGUUCCAAGAAGCUCAAUGAGGUGUUUAGCGAGUUUGUGCAGCGUCAGGAGACGGUGGAUGCUGAGCGGCGGAUGAAGCGCGCCGAGACGGACAAGGACGGAGACGGGAAGAAGGAGGAAGAGAACGAGGACGAGGACGAGGAUCAGGAGGACGAGGACACAGAGGAGUCUGAGGUGACGGACGAGGAGCUGGAGGUGAACCGUGAGGAGCCGGCCGGCGCAGACACUUUCGGUUUGGAUGAUAGUGAUCAGGAGGACGCCCCGAUGGAUGUAAAGUCGUCCGAAACAGGGGUUGAGACGACGAAAAGAGAUGAAAGCAACGGGACAGUGGAUGGACCUGAAAAUAAAGUGAUGAUCAACAGUGGGAAAGACGAGAAGACUGAUGCGCCUGAUUCGCGUAGCGCGGUAAAUGUUGAAAAUGGCACGGCAUCUGAGACGAUUGUUGAUCUAGUGACCUUGUCUUCAGAGUGCAGUGAGGAGGUGGUUUCCGAGUCCAAGAAAGCUGAACUGCCUGCUAAGUCUCCGGACUCGCUUGCUGGGCCUCAGCGCGUCAAUGGCGAUGUGGUAGAAGUGAGGGAGGGUGUCAGUUCCUCGGGCACGCCAGUCGACGGCCCCGGGGAGAGGGCAUGACGCCGCUCCUGAGCAGCGGCCAGUGCCGACCCGGCACGGCGGACGGGGGAGUGGCAGGGGGGGGGGGGUUGCAUGCACACGAACAGUGCAUGCACAGUUGUGUGGGAGUCCGUGUUUGUCGUCGUAUGUGCUCGUAUUCGAUCUGGCAUUGAAUGCAUAAUAUUGAACGUACUUCCAUGUAAAUUAUAAUUAUUUGUCGCCUACAUCUUGAUUCUCGAUCUAGCCUUUCAAAAAAUAUUGAACAUUGUAUACUAAAUUGCUUGGAACGAUGAUCAGGGUAUAUUCUUAUGAUCGCAAGCGACCCGUAUCUUCUUUCAAAUCGGAGCUGGUAAUGUGAAAUUGAGCAGGGCUAUGAUGCUUCCCCAAAACCACAGUUUGGCGCCUGAGACCGUAUCUUCUCGCAUGAUUGUAUUCGUCACCACUGGGCCGUCACUGUUGGGUGUACAUUGCAGCGUCAUGUUGACGCUCACGUGGGUUUGAGGGGGUUGUUUGCCGUGUUCGAUGCCGCUACCUAUCUCCCGUCUUGCCAGUUGUACAGGGGACUAAGCGUGGAAGGCUGUGUCUCACAUGGUGUAUGUCUGUAUGUUCAUGUUUGGAGGACACCGGUGUGAUUUCGUAACCCGAGUUCUCGGAUAUGUAAUAAACAUAUGCCAAAAA